UUCACAAGAGAAGACGCUUGCCCGAGUACCCGGAUUUGCCCGUUGCCGCUAUUUAUCCAAUGUUGUCACUAAAAUUAUUUUAAUUUACCUAGUACGAAAAAUUUGUGAAGAUGGAUUGGCAGCUUACAUGUAGAGCAUGCCUAGAAACAGGAGAUAUGGUAUCUCUAUUUGAUUGGGAUGAAAACAACGACCAAUUGUGUGACAAAUAUUCGUAUCUUUGUGGAAUAGAGGUUAGUAAAGAUGAUUCUUUACCAACACUUAUAUGCUUGAACUGUGUGGAUCGGUUAACUUAUGCACACCAAUUCAAGCAACAAUGUUUAUCUUCGAAUGAAACUUUGAAAGAAUGCCUUGAUGAAUUUCUAAAGACCUCAUCAUUGGCACAUUCAAAAGAAGAAGAAAACUCGCAAAUAAAGUCUGAAACUGAAACAAUUACAAUUAAACAAGAGAAUGGACUUUUAUUGCAAUAUGAGUUGCCUGUGGAGCAUGAUCCCCAAGGCAAAUGGACACGCAGGGUUGUCAAGACACCAACCAGUACUGUGGUCACUAAAGCACCAGGACCAGAGAAGAGAGGAAGACCCAGGAAGUAUCCGAAUACUCAAGGACGUAUUGCUGUUUCGCCAUAUCAACGUAAAAAACCAAGAUCUGAAUCAGAAGAACCUGAAUCGCUAACAUCACUGUUGGCUUCUGGAUUUGAAUUGAAGCAGGAACCAAUGGAUGGUGAAACUCAUCAUGGCGAUGAUAUAUUUGAGGUGGAAGGAAUAGAUAGUGAUCCAGACUUCAAUCCAACUACUGAAGACUUGGAAAGUGAAAAGGAUAUAGAUAUUGAAGAAGUAAAGCCUCGGAAACGAGGUCGCCCAAGGAAGAAACCACUUAAAAAGGAGCCGCCCGAGGAAGAUGAUGACGCCUUGUUGAAGGAGACAAUACUGGCGUUCUCGGAGCCCAUCCCGGAACAUAUCCUGAACCCUAAGCCGAAACAAAAGAAGAAAUCUAAUAGGCCAAAGAAAAAAUAUGUGUAUGAUAAAACCCAUGUCUGUGAGACAUGUGGUGCAUCGUUUACAUCAAAUUCGUCACUUCAAACUCAUAUUAGAAGACAUCUGGGUAUCAAACCGUAUGUUUGCAGUAUAUGCGGGUACGCGUGCGUUAUGAAUAUGGAGCUACGACGUCACAUGUUCCGACAUACGGGCGUGCGACCCUACAAGUGCCGCGUGUGUGACCGCCGCUUUGGAGACUUUGGAAGCCGUCAGAAGCACGAGAGGUUGCAUAUGGGCAUUCGGCCGUACCAAUGCUCCUUGUGCGGCAAAGCAUUCACGUAUUCAUACGUGCUUGCAAAUCAUAUGUUGACGCACACUGGCGAGAAGAAAUACACUUGCGAGAUCUGCAACAAGAAGUUCACGAAGGCGCACCAUCUCAAGUACCACAACAAAGUCCACCACAGGGAGCUGUACAUGAAGCAGCAGAUGGAGCAGGAGGCCAAGAAGUUACGCCAGCAGAUGAACAUCACGAACUUGACCGGUGUUUUAUCAGGCAGGAUCGUGGACGGAACACUGCAGUUGGAUCGGAGGCCUUCUGAGGAGGGUGAAGUGGACGAGCAAAUGCAAGUGGUUGUAGAGGAAGCCAAUGAUCAACAGCAGGAAACGGACCGAGCCGUCGCUGACAUGCAGAUCGUGCUGGAAUCGGACUUCGCUAUUCCAGAGAAUUCGCCGUAUGCUUAAGUAUUAGAUUAUGUAUAAAUUAAUUAUGAUCGAAAAACAUAGAAAUAACGACGAGUAGAAUACUCUACUUACUACUACUACUUCUACUACUUAAAAAAAUAUGCAUGUACAUGCAUAUUUUUUUUUUCUUAGAAAAAAUUAAUGAAAUGUUGUUUAAAAAAUUACAAAUAAAUAAUUUUUAAAUAGAGCAAUAAUAUCUGGGAAUAUAUGUAUAGUGAAAAUAGUCUUUGUUUGAGGCUCAAUCACGCCUAAACCACUGAUCGUAUCGACAUGAAACUACCACCAUUGGAUGCGAAAUUUAUCUAAUUUAUUUUUCGAAUUCUAACGUUCCUUCAUUAAUUUAAUUCAAUUUCAUUAAUCUUCAUUAAUUAAAGAAUUGAUGUAAAAUAAUGGUGACAAAUGUCCAUUUCCAGUUGUUAUGAUGAACUGUGACGUCAUAUACUUUCAGUUAUGUACUUUGACGGCGUUUAGUAUUUACUCUAUUGACGAUGUAAACUAUCGAUAAAAAUAUAAUGCAUAUUCCCUAUUCUAUUAGAUACUAGUACUUGCGAGCGACAUUGCUCAAUUAGUUUUUGUUUACUAGGUAGGUAAUUAUAUUUGCUAUAAGGCUAUUUCUGCUGAGAUAAAUGUAAUUUAUAAAUGUAAGAGGCUCGAAAGACUUGACUCGAGAACAUGUUAUCUCAAUUUAAUUAGGACAAUAGUUUAGUAACAUAAUGUUAAAAUAAACUAUGUUGUGUGUAAUACAAAUUUAUGCUAUAUAGUAUUCAUGCUAAAGCAAUAUUAAAUUCUAAAGAUUAAAUUAGUUAUAAGUUUAAAUAAAACAAUUUUUAAAGGAUUAAAUCGCGUGUAAUUGAAACUAAAUAAUAGUAAAUUGUAAGCCAUUGAAAUUAAGAAAACACUCAAAUUUCAAUAGAGAAGACGGUCUUAAAUUAUCUAACACCUGGGAUCCAAUAAUCUCAAAAUUAAAACCCAAAAGAACACAUACCAAAAACUGUCACUGUCAAACUGUCAGUAAAGUGUGCUAAAAACUAUCUGUAUACAUCAAAUACCACCUCCGAGGCAAUAAAUGGCGCCAAACUUAAUAAUGACAGCUAAAUCGACUAUAACCGAUCAAUUCCCGAGGUAUUUAGACGCCCGAGCGCAGCAAGGGCGGCUACAGUCCGAGUAGGAAUUGAUUCUUUUACUGAUUAGGAAAAUAAAACUAGUUGUUUAACUAAACUAUUUAUUGAUAAUAUAUAAUAAAUAAUAUUAGUAGUACCUAUUUAAAAUUAAUUGUCAAAUUAGGACAAUUUAUGUCGACUUUUUAAAUUUUAAAUAUGGAACUCGCCGCUUAAUUGUUGCGGCUUAUUCCGCUCAAAGAAGUUUGCGCUAAGUUCACACUGGCUGUUUAGAACGUCACAUGGCCGCAGUUAUUUUUAGUAUUUUUUUACAUAAAACUUCACAGCUGACAGCAGUUCUAUUUUUAAAAUUCAUUCCGGCCCGGUGGGAAGUAAUUUGCAUGAGUUUUUCCCUCUCUAUGGAUGGAAGCCGUAUUUUCCACCCAAUAAUCAGAUCAAAACAACAUAACUUUCCGAGUAUGAGAAAUGAAAAAUGCUAUCUUGACUAAUUUCUUCUGCAGUCCCCCUGAAAACGAGAUCUGGAAAGAUCUUGAAACGUCGGGUUAUCUAAAAUAAUAAUAAAAAUGUAAAUUUUACGCAAAGUCUAAUGUACAAACAGUCACAAUUACACGCGUUUUAAUCCUUUAAAAAGUGUUUUAUUUAAUUGUGUAACUCUCGCAUUAAUCAAAAUAAUUACUAUUUUAUAAUUGUUGUAAGUAGUUGAAUUAUUAUUCGUAUCGGUGUGUGCUCAAUAACCACCGAUACGACGUGAUGAGUUAAAAUGUAUCUAAUGAUAUGCGGUCCAAAGUGAUUUUAUUAUUUUUAUAUAAUAAUAAGUUAUUCUAUUAAUUAUUAUAGAUCUUAUAGAAUAUAGUCUUAAAACGGGUAAUGUUUCCCAUCUCAAUUUUGUCAACUUUAGGAUUAAUAAAAAAAACACUUAGUUGUCUUCGAAGCAAUGAUUUAUUUGUAUUGAAUUAAAAAACGCUUUAUUGUUUUAUUAUAAUAUGAAACGAAAUUAAGUUAAAAUUUUAUUUAUUUAAAAGAUUGCGUAUACAAUUUAGUGGCUGAUGGGGAUUUUAUGAUUUGUUCGCAAUUGAUUAAACUCAAUAACGAAAUGUAUAAAAAUGAACUUCUACUAAAAACAUUUAUUUUUAGGAAAAGGAGGACAAACGAACGUACGGGUCAUCUGGUGUUAAGUGAUCAUUCUCUUUGCUCUUCCCACAUUCUCUUGCAACACCAGAGGAACGACAGGAGCGUUGCCGGCCUUUACAGAACAACACAGCUUUGUAGUACGUGAAAGAUAGCUCCUUGAAAACCGCACUGUGGCGGACCGCCACACAUCCAGAUGGUGGGGAUGAUAACCUAACUUGUGGCGUGUCGUGCGAAGGUGAAAUUCGGCGGCAGGAAUCAGGUUAAACAGCUCUUCGGAACACUCCCCGUGAUAAAUGCGGUAGAAGACACACAAUGAAGCGACGUCUCUACACAACGCCAAGUGAUCCAGCCGUUCACAGAUCCGCGGUUGCACGAUAUUGCCAGUUGAUAGUCUACAACUUUAUAGCAUGGCGCUAAAUGGCGACACUAAAUGAAUGCACAGGUUCUCUACCUAACCGUAAUCAUAACAAAAUCUAAAGAUAUACUAAGUUAAUAAUUGAAAUUUUCACACAAACAAAUUAUAUAUUUAAAAACAGCGAAUAGAUCAGUUACCUAAAGCAGAGACUUACAACAUCUAUAUAUAUAAACUAGCUGACCCGGCAAACGUUGUUUUGCCAUAUAAAGUAUAAUUCACGCGAUAAUUUUAUAAGUAAUAAAAUAUUGCCUAUAUUAUAGCCUGUACAUCAUUUUGUUCUAUUGUCAAUAGUUUUUGCAGCGCACGCAAAAAUAGGUUUUCGAUUUUACACCUUGUGUUACAAAAUAGCAAUUUUAUUACGGAUCCCUAAUUUUGAAAAAAAAACAGCGUAUAGCCUUCCUCGAUAAAUGGACUACCCAACUCUGAAAGAAUCAUUCAAAUCGGACCAGGAGUACCAGAGAUUAGCGCGUUCAAACAAACAAACACUGCAGCUUUAUAAUAUUAGUAUAGAUAAAAUUGUAGUAAAAAGUAAAUAAUAAUAAAUAGUCUGUAAUACUGAAAUAACCGUCUUUUAUGUAUAUGAAUAUAAAUACGGUACAUACACCAAAAUAACAAUUUUUACAAUUUUUGUCUGUUUGUUCCGGCGAAUCUCUGAAAAUUUCUGGACCGAUUUUGACGGGACUUUUGUUGACAGGUAGCUGAUGUAAUAAGGAGUAACUUAGGCUACGUUUAUUUUAUAAAGUAAAGUAAUGUUGCAAUGUCCAAGAAACGCUCUAACUCUAAAAAUAAUUUAUAUGGCAAAACAAAGUUUGCCGGCUCAGCUUGUUUAUAAUACAUGCUUUCGCAUGCGACUAACUUAUUGUUGGCGUGAGAGAUAGAUUUUGUUUUUAAUUCUAUUUCGCAAUCAAACGUGACAGAAAAUGCCCGUUACAUUGGUAUGUAAAUAAUGUUUGUAGAAUCUUUUCCCUUAUCAUUCUGUCGUAUUUGUUAUCGAUCUAUUGUAAGUUUGAUGUCAAUAAACUGUUUGUAGUCA